CUGGGCGCGGGGCGGGGCCUGGGCGCGGGGCGGGAGGCGGUGACCAGCAGGAGUAGGAGAAAGAACAUGGCGGGCGCAUCGGGGCUCGGGACCGGCCCAGGAGCAGCCGGGGGAGACGGAGAUGAUUCGCUCUACCCAAUCGCGGUUUUAAUCGACGAGCUCCGCAAUGAAGACGUGCAGCUCCGACUCAACAGUAUUAAGAAGUUAUCAACAAUUGCCCUAGCACUUGGAGUAGAAAGGACGCGAAGUGAAUUGUUGCCAUUCCUUACAGAUACGAUUUAUGAUGAAGAUGAGGUACUAUUAGCUCUUGCUGAGCAGCUGGGAAAUUUCACUGGCCUAGUGGGAGGUCCUGACUUUGCCCACUGUCUGCUGCCUCCUUUGGAAAAUCUGGCAACUGUGGAAGAGACUGUUGUUCGUGACAAGGCUGUGGAGUCCCUGAGACAGAUCUCGCUGGAGCAUACUCCUGUUGCUCUGGAAGCUUAUUUUGUACCUCUGGUGAAACGCCUAGCAAGUGGGGAUUGGUUCACCUCUCGCACAUCUGCAUGUGGUUUACUCAGCGUUUGCUAUCCCAGGGCAUCAAAUGCUGUUAAAGCAGAAAUCAGACGGCAAUUCCGUUCCUUGUGCUCAGAUGACACACCAAUGGUACGACGUGCUGCUGCUUCCAAAUUGGGUGAAUUUGCAAAAGUUUUGGAAUUAGACAGUGUGAAAAGUGAAAUUGUUCCACUGUUCACUAAUCUAGCUUCAGAUGAACAGGAUUCAGUGCGCCUCCUUGCUGUGGAAGCUUGUGUCAGUAUUGCCCAGUUAUUGCCUCAGGAUGACCUUGAGACUUUGGUGAUGCCUACACUUCGACAAGCAGCAGAAGAUAAAUCUUGGCGAGUUCGCUAUAUGGUGGCUGACAAAUUUUCAGAGCUCCAGAAAGCCAUGGGUCCUAAAAUCACCCUAAAUGACCUCAUUCCCGCCUUUCAGAACCUACUUAAAGACUGUGAAGCUGAAGUCCGGGCGGCUGCUGCCCACAAAGUAAAAGAACUUGGUGAGAACUUGUCCAUUGAAGAUAGAGAGACCAUAAUUAUGAAUCAAAUUCUGCCUUAUAUAAAGGAAUUAGUAUCUGAUACCAGUCAACAUGUCAAAUCGGCUCUAGCUUCUGUAAUUAUGGGAUUGUCUACUAUUUUAGGCAAAGAAAAUACCAUUGAACAUCUUCUACCUCUUUUUUUAGCUCAGUUGAAGGAUGAGUGUCCUGAAGUUCGUUUGAAUAUCAUCUCCAAUUUGGAUUGUGUAAAUGAAGUGAUUGGAAUCCGUCAGCUCUCUCAGUCUCUCCUUCCUGCCAUAGUGGAACUGGCAGAAGAUGCCAAAUGGAGGGUCCGACUGGCCAUCAUUGAGUAUAUGCCGCUGCUGGCAGGCCAGCUGGGUGUGGAAUUCUUUGAUGAAAAGCUGAAUUCUUUAUGUAUGGCUUGGCUGGUGGACCAUGUAUACGCCAUCCGAGAAGCUGCCACCAACAACCUCAUGAAACUAGUUCAGAAGUUUGGUACAGAGUGGGCCCAAAAUACCAUUGUUCCCAAAGUGUUAGUAAUGGCAAAUGAUCCUAAUUACUUGCAUAGAAUGACCACUUUAUUCUGCAUUAAUGCACUGUCUGAGGCCUGUGGUCAGGAAAUAACCACUAAGCAAAUGCUGCCCAUCGUAUUAAAAAUGGCAGGAGACCAAGUAGCAAAUGUUCGCUUCAAUGUGGCCAAAUCUCUACAAAAAAUUGGACCAAUUCUAGAUACCAAUGCUUUACAGGGAGAAGUUAAGCCAGUACUACAGAAGUUAGGUCAAGAUGAAGACAUGGAUGUCAAAUACUUUGCACAGGAAGCUAUAAGUGUGGUGGCACAAAGGCUGAGGAAGCUAGAUUUUCCUGUGAAGGACAGUAGAGAACCCAGUGUCCCUCGGGCUGACAAGAACCACUUCCCAAGACCCAGAGUGCCUGGAGAGGACACGGCGAAGCUCAGAUGUUCUACAAGCCGCAUUGGAUGCCACUCUGUGUGGAAAUGGUGUGAAAAGCCCCAGUUCAGCAGUCAGUGGGUGCCAGCCACUGCCCCAGGGCCAUUGAUUAGGAGGGUGAUUUGUGACUUACAGAUACAUUCAGAAAAGGAGAGCAGCAGGGCUUGGCUGCCUCGUGCGGACGCCAGACUGCGUUUACUUCAUGGGGAAAAAUCUGACAUUCUCACACCCAUUCUAGUGGGUUCGCUUAGUGAAAAUUCAAUGAAGUAACAUCAAAAAGUCUGCCUUUUAAGCCACAUGGCUUUUUAUUUUAUGUGAACUGAAACCAUGAAAACGUUUUUUUCCUGUUGCUGAAGUCCAGAAUCGCAGUCACUCAUCUUAGAACGUUCUUGCCUUCCUGAGGGGCUGCAUACUUGUCCGUGGGCAGCUCUGGCUGUUCCUGCAGUGGCCGCACAGUGGGAGGAAGGGCUGGGUGACCGCUGUCUGGAUGGAUUCCCGGGGUGGCCAGCCAUUGGAGUCCAUGUCCUCUUCACAGAACUGGGCCUCAGGGAGGAGAGCUUGGCUGAAGGAGUGGGAGCGACGGUUACACACUUUUUAGGCCUAAACCACAGACUUCUUUGGGAAGAAAGGGGUUACGUCUUCCUACAAAUUCAGAGCCAACUGCUCAUGCCAUGAAUGCGUGGUAUGACCUGAUCUGAGUGUGGAUCAUUGAGGCGGCCCUCCCAUGGCUGACCUGCUCAGGUCUGACAGGGCCCGGGCUGCGCCUUCGCUAGCUGAGGAGUUAUUGAGAAUUAGUUGCUGUUACUCGAGCCUUGGUCACUGCAGCACCUUGUCAGGCACUUCAAAUCUCAUGUCAUCCUCACCCACCCUAGGUGGUAGGUGCUGUCAUUAUUUUUCGGUCCCUCAUGAAUCUCCCCCAACCCCUGUCCUGUCUAUUUGGGAAUCUUUUUUCCAGGAAAGGAGGUCCUGUGGUGCUAGGCCUCUGAGGCUUCAGUUCAUUUAACUCAGAAAAAUCCCCUGCCCCAUGACUCAGGGAGCCUUCCAUGCAUUUGUUUCACUUAAGGAAAAUGUCCUGAGGGUGAGAUGGAAAGGGAAUUGGCUGUUGCCAGGCAGAGCCCUGUGUGUCAGGGGCCAGCAGCCAAGUGAGUGAUCCAGGAAGUCAUCCAGUUGCAACCAGAAAUUGUUCUUAACCCCUCGCUGUCUAGGGUGCGUAGGGGACUUGCCAGUCUGUCCGUCUGUCCGAAUGGGGUGGGCGUGAGCACAUUGCUGUUGAGAGCCCCGGGAGCUGUCAGUUCUCAGCCAGCGUCAGGGCCCUCAGGGAGCCAUUGGACAUCCCAGGGGCUGGGCCUGCCACUUGAAUAGAAAAUGGAAAGGGCGAGAGCCAGUCUCCUUUGGUGAAGGGUGCCUCCUUGGUACCCUUGAAGUCUGUGGAGGUGCCUCUGUGUUGGAUGUCACAUGUGUCCCCCCAGGCAGGAUCUGCCAGGGAGCAGCAAGGGUCACCUCCCACACCCUGCUGCCCCGGGUCCACGCAGUGGCUCGCUCCUGGACGCGACGCAGGGUGCCCCCGACGAAGCUGCUGACGGGCCUUGUCAGGCGGGGGUUAACAGGGGAUUUGUUUAUUGAAUCACCAAGUAGCUGUCACAUGAUUUUAAUCAAAACACCAUUUCCCUGACAACAGUGAUGUCAGUCUUGUUAUUGCAGGAAGGAGCAGCUGUGAGGGACAUUCAGUCUCCAUGCUGAGCCCAGGUUUGGAGACUAAAAUCAAGUGAAGCAUCCAUAAAUAAUGGCUACAGACACUGCCUGACUGCGUCCACCCUCCUCCUCUUCCUUUUCUCUGCAGACAGUCUGUCCUGUACACGCACUGACCCGAGACCAGCCCCUGCACCGCGUCUCAGCUAAGACCAUCUUCUGCUUUCCAUGCCCCUUCUACUCUUGUUUCUGGUUUUUCCUGCCUGCCUUAUUUUCCCCAAACUCAGAGAGUCCCUUGGGCCCCGAGGGUCUCUGACUUGUGCCUUUUGAUGCGUGUCUCUUCUCUGGAUUUAAUCAGCACCUGCUGGUGAACCAGGUUGUUCUGGGCCUGAGGCUGGAGCCAUUCUGCAGCUCAGGAACCUCGCUUGUCCUAGAGCCAGCCUCUAGCAUCUAGCUGCAUGUCCCGUUCUUCCCAGAGAGUUAGGCUGGCGGGGCGGUCGCGCUGCAGCUCUGAGGAGCUCCGCUGGGAGUGUGUGAAGGGGAGGAGCUCCUUAAGGGCCAACCUCUUGGCCAGCGGAUUUUGUUCUCUUGAACCCAGAAAGACUACAGGAGGUGUGAGUCCAGUCAAACUGAGGACUGAUGACAAAGACCAAAGCCCAGGGAUGUUUGAUCCCAUCCCCAGUGGCCUCCAGUUAAGGGAAUUGGACCUUGAAGUCCAUGGGGAAGUCAGAUGUAGGCCGGUGACAGGGCCCACAGGAGCAGGUCCUUAGGCUGACCUCUUGUCAGCGCCCUCUCCACUGUGGGGCCUGGGGACGGAGCUGUCCGCACAAAAAGACUCCCCCAGGCCUUCCAGGUCUUCUCCACACUGGAGCUGGACCUAACAGUUGGAGAUAAAAAAGUCUUCCUACCUGCGACAUAGAUUCUCAGGGAUGUUCUUAUGUUUGUGGUACCCAUGACUGAUGCUGCCUAGAACUCAUUUCUGAAAAUUCAGAAAUCCUGGGGCAGAGUUCCCAGUUCUUAGCCUGGAGCAGAUGCUCAGAACAGCGCAACCACCCUUAAGUCGGUGAAGACAGAGCUCACAGGCAAGAAGCAGCCAUUUUCUGUACCUAGUGUUGGGGCAGGCAAGAGUUAAAGUAAGACAGGCAGAGUGGGACUCUGUGACAGCCCUCCAGGGGAGUGGAGGUCUUCCAGGAGUGCCAGGCCAGGCUGCAUUUGCCCCUCGCAGUAAACCCAGGGGUGAAGCCAGCCAGCCUGUGCUCCAAGCUACCACUGGAGACACCAGCCUUUACAAUGAUUUGCCUGGGUUAGUGGCAGGGCUGAGAGGGCGCCAGGGGCUGAGGCCUCUGUCAGAGGUUCUUUGCUGCCUCCCGGACUGUCCCUGCCUGGAGGGUGGCCAGGUGGCGGCUCCCGGGCUGGGUAGGAGCUGGGCCCUGCUCUCCCAGGCUUGCUCUAUGCCCAGCCCUCCUUGCCUGGCCCUCGCAUCCCUGGUUCCCUUCUACUGCCUGCCUGCCCUUCAGCCCUCACUGUGCUGGCACAGGGGCGCUGCCAAGCAUUCGGGCUCUGUAGUGACUGGAAGGCAGUUCUGGCAGAUCUGAGACGGAAGAGACAGGCAAGGCUGUGCACUCCGGGAGCUGUGUGGCGUGCUUGGAGGAAAGGGUUUGGUGGGCUUUUCCUCCGUUCCGUUGUGUCCCGCCCCCAACUAUGUGGGUGGCCCUGGGGUGACGAUGAACAGUCUCCUCAGGGUCCGAGUUGUCAGCCCCCUCUGGGCAUCUCACUUUUGGGGAGUGAGGAGCUGGAGCCAGAGCUGUCCCAGCCGACCUGAGGAGAGAGUGACUCAGUUCUCCCUUUGAGAAGCUCAAUCCCUAAUGCCUCAUUUUCCUCUGAGCCCAUAUUUUCUGAACUUUCUGCUCAUCCAGCUUUUGGGGGCUCGGCUCCAGGGGAAGUCCGCUUCCCAUGCUGCGGCUCCCUCCUGUCUCCUCCCUCCCAGACACUGGCUGGCUAGGGGGCUCAGCCCAGCUCAUGCUUUCCCUGGGCUUGGAAUCUCUCUCUACCAAUUUCAGAGCAGCUCUGAGUCAGUCCACCCUAGGAAAUCCCCCCAGAAACAUGGACAAAGGGAGGCAGCAGCAGGAAGGCUUGCUGGAAAGAACAGUGGCUGAGGUGCCUGGCAAGCUCUCUUCCCUGCCUGACCUUGGGUUUGGUCUGAGUGAUUUGUGGGCACAGCUUCAUACCCGAGGGAGGCAGGUGUGCCAGUGGCGCCUGUGUCCGAGGGAGGGCCCAGCCCCUUUGCUUCAGUCAGGACCCACAUCUGCCUCCUAAGGGAUGUUGUCCAGGAUGAUUCCUGUGCGAUAAUCCAUCGCUCAAGGGCUGCUCAGCUUUUGAAGUCACUGGUGGGGCUGAAAUGAGAAGGGCAGAGCCAUGCUCUCAAGCCCCCAGGGCAGAACAGCCAUGCUCUGUGCAGGUGACAUUUUCUUUGUAGCCACGUAGCACCCAGGAUUUAGUGCACAAAGCCCAGAACUUCCUCCCAUGGUGCCCACAGGCUGCUGGCAAGCAGGAGGCUCCCUGUCACCUGGGAGGGAUGAGAACCCCUCAGCAGGGAGGGUCCCUGUGAGCUUUGUUUGUUUGUUUUUUGAGAUGAAGUCUUGCUCUCUCGCUCAGGCUGGAGUGCAGUGGUGCGAUCUCGGCUCACUGCCACCUCUGCCUACCAGAUUCAAGCGAUUCUCCUGCCUCAGUCUCCAGAGUAGCUGGGAUUACAGGCGCUCGCCACCACGCCUGGCUAAUUUUUGUAUUUUUAGUGGAGAUGGGGUUUCACUAUGUUGGCCAGGCUGGUCUUGAAGUCCUGACCUCAGGUGAUCCACCUGCCUCUGCCUCCCAAAGUGUUGGGAUUACAGGCGUGAGCCACAGCACCUGGCCAAGAACUUUAACUCUGAGAGAGCAGAGGCUGAGUCAGGGGUUCCUAACUUUGGUCGCUGGUGGGGAGGGGGGCCUCAGGGGGCCCAGGAACCAACUCCUGUCCUGAAAUUCUGUGUCCGAAGUUCUGGGUCUAUGUACAUGCUCUUUGGGAAGAGUCCAUAGCUUGCAUGUCAAGGGGAUCUCUGAGCCCUUGAUUUAAGAUCUAGUGGGGCAGAAAGUAGCUGCUUGCCAGGAACAGAACCUCAGGCCCUGUUCCCACCUGUCCUGUGUCUUGAUGAAGGACUUGGGAAGUGCAGGCACUGCUGGCCAGUUCCAUCCACCGGGCAGAGGCCCUGGGUUUGGGGUGCAGGCCUCCCUGCUGCUCUCCUUCCCCACCCUGCUGGAGCCUUCGACUCACAAAGGCUGCAGAACUGAAGGGUGUCCUGGGGAGUGCGGGGUUGGGGCCUGGCUGGCCACUGGUCUGUUAUUUUGCCUGCGUCCUGGGGCAUUGGAGUUGUUUUUGGCAACACAGAAUAAGAAUGAUGGAGAAAUCUGGUGGGAAAGGGAAAACAUUGUUACUAAAAUCUAGUGCUUUCCUUAAAAAAGAAAUGAAACUCAGCAAUACUGAAAUUUUGGGUAGCCAAGGGGUAACCGCCAGUUUAAGGCAGAACUGAGCUAUUGUCAGCAGAGUUGGGCAGCAGUGGACGUCAGUGGAGAGGGCUCCACUCCUUCCAGCCUCUGCCAGUGUGGGCCCUGCCGACUGCACCUUCCCACCCCUACCCAGAGACCAGUGGCUCACCCCACAGGGAGGGAACUGUCUCUGUUCUAUAGCAUGGGCUCAAUUGGAAUGGUUUGAGUGAAACCAAAUUUCAGUUGAGAUCCUGCUGCCAGCAAGCUGGAUAUAACAGUAGCCUUUCACUCAGGGCCUGGCACUGAAACAGGUCCAGGAUGCAGGAGAGCAGCUUGGCACAUGGUGUCUUCAGCACCCUGAGGGCGCGGAGCUGGGCCUCAAAAGGGUGCCCCGCCCCUGUGAGGGAGCGCACUGUGUGAGCGCGCAUGCAGUGUCGAGGCCUUUGGCAGACCCCAGAGAAGAUGUGACAUUGUGACUAGUAGCAGUGUCUUUUGCCUGGCAGCUUGCAGCACCUCCCCUCCCAUUUCCAGCCCCUGCCCUGCAGCUGCCUGUCCUCGGAGAGCCCGACGAGAGCCCCCUGCAUCUGCCUCCCCUCCUCCUACCGUGGCACGAGGCCCUUGCCCAGACUACCUGGGCCAAUGGGCUUUGCCCUGAGACUCUGAGAAUCAAGGAGCAGUAAUUAAGCAGUGCCUAGCAGGGCCGUGUCCUUGUGCAGGCUGCGGUUAGCAGUGCUUCCGUCAGCGAUCUGCAGCGGCUAACGUGUACUCAGGCGAUUCGGAGCAAGGUAUUAUUUACCCUGCUGACGUCAAUGAGAACAUAUUAUCCACUGUCCUUUUCUGCAGCCUGAAAUGAGCACCAGAACUCAGAGAACACAGCCACCUUCCAUACUCUAAAAAUUCCACCCAAGGCCCGAUGAGGCAAAAGCCUUAUCGCAUUAACCUGACAUUUCACAUCAGCCGGGCUCUUAGAAAACAAGUUGUUUUUAUUUUAAUUCAAGAGGGUUGGAAACAUAAAAACAGUACAUUUUCCUUGCAGAAAAUUACCCCAUUUAAAUUACCAUUUGGUACAAAGAUUAUUUAUUACACUGCAUUUUAGGCAAUUUUCUAACAUUGAGUGACAAGUUAUACUUUUGAUUUUUUUUCACAUUGGAGCUAUUAUGAUUUGCACUCAUAAUACCAAAGCUACUGAACUCACCAAUUUUUUUCUUAGUAAUUAAA